AUGCGUCCAAGCAGGAAUGCAAUACUAUUAUUGAUGGACCAUGCUACCUCUGGCAUCCAUCCUCUCUUUGGUGCAAGAGAGAGGGCUACAACGCCUAGUGAAAGCGAAAGAAAUGGGAAACACCAAGCAAGACGGUCAGAGUCAGAGAUAGUAGUAGUUACAGUGGAUACGUAUGUUAGAGCGGUACAAAGGGAUGGGCAGACGACCCAAGGAAACGGGCACCAGUACAACGGGUCUUCCGAAGGCCUGCGGCUCCCUUUCUUAGGAGAACCCGACAAAGCAGGCAGACAGGACAACGAGACCCCACAUUUCAGCUUGGUCGAAUACACUACUAGUACUCCGUACGAGACACCAGGUCGGCUUAGAUAA